AUGUCUCAGCUGGAAACUGCAAUGGGAAUGAUCAUUGCUGUCUUUGACCAGUAUGCAAGGACUGAUGGCAACAGGCAAACCCUCAGCAAAGCAGAACUAAAGACUCUGCUGGAAAAGGAGCUCCCAAAUUUCCUCGCGACUGGGAAGGACAAGAAUGCUAUUGACAAAGUCUUCAAGAACCUGGAUGAAAAUGGAGAUUCCCAAGUGGACUUCAAAGAAUUUGUUAUCUUCGUGGCAGCUCUGACUGGCUGCUGUCACAAAUAUUUUGAGCAGAAUGCAGCCAAAUAG